CGUGUGUCUUGUGCGUGUGCGUGUGUGUACGUAUGUCUGUUGCCUUGUCUCAAGGAUACUAAUUUGUGAUGGCGCGCGAGGUAGUACAUGCAGGUCUUGCAAGGCGAUGAUGAAAUCACCACUGCAGCUGGGAGAGCAGCGGUUGCAAGGCACUGCACAAAUCACAUGCGCUGCGCGGCUUAAGCCGAGGCGAGGUGCCCGAUGCCGCAGAGGCGUUCGCUUGGUCCUCGCCGUUGGCACAGCAUGUGGAAGUGGGGUUUUGGUUUCUUUUGGUUCGCCGAGUUUCUCGCAUUCCGCGCGGCCCUGUAUGACCAGAAACAGCGCCAAUCUGCCAGCAUACGGUGGCCCUCUUUGGAUGAGCACUGGUCGUGCAUCGAGGGGAGCCAGGCGAUGUCUUCGCGGUCAAGCCGGACAGCGGCAACAGAACGAGCCAGUGUUCACAAGGUCCUCUGCCAGGCCAUUGGCAGCUGCAGUUGCGUUUGGCCUCCUACCAGCAACUGCGUUGGCUGAAGCAGAUACUUGGCGCACGCCUAAGCCGACCCUCCCACAGCAGCGUUGGAAUUAUUGGCCUGUCCUUCCAGUCGCACCGUACGGCCGACGAGUGACAAUACGCAAAGAGCUCGUGCCUGGAGAGCUGUGGGCAUUCGACCAGAAGCUUGGGAUUUAUUACGUGCAAGUGCCAAUUCGGAUGACCGUCUAUCGUAUGCGGUCGCGCAGGGGGUUGUUCGUCUACGCGCCGGUGGCACCGACCGAGGAGUGCGUGGCACUGCUCAGGGAGCUCGAGGAGCUCCACGGACCAGUUCUGUACGUCGUCCUCCCGACGUGCGCAGUGGAGCACAAGUGGUUCUGCAGAACCAGCAAACACACACAAGCAUUGGCUCUCACUCAGACGCCCGCGCGUAGCUUUUCCUCUGGCGGCGGACCCCUUCACCGUGUCCCCCUCUCUCCCCGGCGCGCCGUGGCCCAGGGAGUGCGGGGAGGGGGUCAAGCGCCUGAGAGAAACCGCCUACGAAUUUUGCGGCAGUUGUUGCUUGUGUGGUUUGGGCGGUUUUGCAGGUUCGUGGGCCCUUUCUCCCGCUACUUCCCCACCGCGCAGGUGUGGGUGGCCCCAGGCCGGGCGUUGCCAAAGGCGUCACUGGCCCAAGGUGCCCUUAGGAUGUCGAAUUGAGCCAGCCACGACAUCCAGAGCACUCACGCGGCCCAGAGGGCUGCACAGGGGUUCCGAAAUUUAGAAUAAGAUAGACAUCCAACGGCUUGACAUUUAAGAUACGGGGUCCCCUGAAGGCCCGACCCACUUCCCCGAGACAGGCUUUUCAUCCCGAGUUUUGUUUGGCGACCCCGGGGCCCAGCGAGGGCCCCCAGAGGCCGAAAACCAGGAGAAGCAUCCGUCUUGUUUUUCAAUAAGUUGGACGCAUGGUAAAGUUUGGGGCACUUUGAAACAAUCGAAGACGUGGAGGAUGCAGAAUGAUCUGUUGCAGGUCCGCGCGGAUUUGUUUGAUCAGCGCUGGAACCCAUCAGCGAGGUCCGAAAGUUUCCAGAGCAGCUUGUCUGCAAAGCUUCUAUAUAACUUGUCCAAGACACGUGAAGCCAUUGUCGUAUCAGCAACGACCAGGAUGUGGAUGGGCCAGCCCCUGAGUACAAUUGUCGAGGGUUUUCUGCCGCAAGGGCGCCACUAUGUUCAUGCCGCCUCUAUCUGCUCCGAUAGCGAAGCGUAAAGAUGUCUUGGGCCAGUGGGCCCCCCCGAGAUUCGACGUCUCGAAAGAAUUGCAAGACCAGAACAAACCACGGCAGGAGCUCCAGACCCUAUCUUUCUGAACCAGUUUUCGAGCCGGAUCGAUAUGUGAGGGUCCCGGGGCCUGGCUCGAAAAAAUUUAGAUGCCCUGGACCAGUGGACACCUCUGGCACCCCCGACCCAGGCCAGUUCUCGGUGCCGCUGCCGCUGGCGCUCCAGUUCCUCGGCUUCCCAGGAGACCGGCUCCGCACCCUUCCGAAGAACCCGCAGGAUGCCUCGGUGCCGCAGGACUGGCGCACCGAGGGCAUCGACUACCGCGUGCUGGGGCCGAUCGGCAAGCAGCUCAACACUGGAGCCUUCGCAGAGGCGGUGUUCUACCUGCGGCCGUUGAAGGCGAUGCUGGUCUGCGACCUUGUCCUCCACAUACCGAGGGAGAUCCCCGAGAUCGUUCUGGAAGAUCCGCGGGCAUUAGCAUUCCACGCGAGGGACGGCCCUCUCUCGGAGGUGGACGUAUCACCCGAGGCGAUGGAGCGCGGCUGGAAACGGAUUUGCAUUUUUGCGCUGUUGUUCGGCACCACGGCGAUUGAGGUCCAGAGCACCCCAGAAGCGAUCCGCGAUGCUUUGAGGUCGCCAGCCUUGGAGCUGGGCUGGUCUGGGCUCCUCCCGUGCAACUAUGCGCAGCGGUGGGAGAGCACCUUUGAGGCCAUCCAGGGGGGGGGCUCGAACGGUCUCCUCGUCCCGCCGAUCCUGACGGAGCUGGUACUGAACCGGUACCUCAGCUCGGACGUCUGGUCCUUCGUGGAGGAGGUCGCGACCGCUUGGUCGGAUGCGGAGCUGAUCCUGCCUGCACACUUCGACACGCCGGUGGCCGCCGGAGUCUCCGAGUGGAGAGAUGCGUUCCGGCGUGCCUUUGGCGAGCCAGGCGGCCUGGGACUUCUCCAGAGCUCGGGUGGUGAACUGCCGGCGCGGGGUCCACAGCCACAGGAGGCAGACUUGGAGUUCAUCCGGAACAUCAGCGACUCGCUCACGAAUCUGGGCAUCAUUGAUCCGCCAGAGCGCAUGACCUAUGCGUCCGGCGCGGAGGCCGAUGGUUUAUCAAGGGGUUGACGUGUUGUGACAGGCCAGGUCAGGUCAGGUCAGGGCCGAUCGCGCGCGGAGGCCGCGCACGCCCCACAAGUCGAGACGGCGGUUGAA